AUGGAUCUAUUCAACAAGAGAUCAUGCCAGAGGAUGGCCUUCAUUUUUCAUUGGCCUAUGUUACUGACAGCAAUGGGCAUUUGGGAUGCAUCCCGCUUUGCUCCAGAAUCAUGGUCUCAUUUGGCAGAACCUCGGAAUCCGCUACUCCAUCAGCACGACGUCUCUUUUCUCGAAAACGAAUAUACGGCAACUAGCACACUGUUCGACACGCCAGGAUCGCCGGUUGAUAGAAUAUACACCGGUGGAAAUGGAAAACAUCCCGUCCCAAGUUUCGACUCUCCUGGUCAAGAAGAUCCAGGCGUUCUCAACACACCCGACCGACUGGCGAAUAAUUGGUGGAGCGGAGCCGAGAGUCCGGAGCAGCGCUCAGUAUAUCAGGAGAUAGGAGACGGAUCCCAGCACCACUCAUUGCUUUCGACUUUGCAGACUGAGACAGCAUCUCUUUGGCAUGACACCCAUCUGUUCACUUCUCCUCCAUUGGACGCCCACAGGGACAAACUUGAAGAAUGGUCAGGGCUUGAAGACCUAUUCGCAAGCGGUGAUUGGAACACAUUCAAGGCUCAAAAGAGCCCAAGUGUUCCCGAUGAUCGGGUUGAAACCUUAGAGAUGUUCGGAAAAGUAUCAGUAGAACAUGAACAUGCUCCUCAUCGCGAUCACUUCCAGGAGAUUGUAUUCGAGGAAUUGCCUGAAAUAGUUUCUGUACCAGCUUGGGACGUAUAUAAUCAUUACCCACUAUCAAAUUCUCACAUGUCUUCUUCUCCAGUGGACCUUUAUCAUGCUAUCACCACGACUGGCUCUCCUGUUGGAAACACCGCACUGUUUGAAGAUACAAGUUCUAUGUCUCAUCUGGGAUCGCCUCUGCCCCCACCGAUCUCGGUUCACAGUCCCGGUGGAGCUCUACAAAAUGGAGACUUUCCGCCGGAUAGCCUCUACAAAAGCAUUACAGGUAUCAAGAGGGACUUCAAAGCGCACGAGGUCGCAGGAGUCUUGGCACAUCAUGAGUUCCACGAAACCCCUCAGGCCUUCUGGAAUAUGCCUCCUACCGAGUUUUCGCAAUCUUCACCUGACUAUCAGACCCUCGAUGGCAAUUUGAUCCGUUCUCCACAAAGUCAUGUAUUCAAUAACCUCGGACACAGUCACAACUUUGAAAACUCCCUCGAGUCUCAAACCUUCCACAAAGCGCCCAGAUCAAAUUUGCAUGAUAUGUCAUCACAGCUGCACCCCCUUCCGGCCAGUGCUCCAUUAUCAAACCAGCUUGAGACAUUUGGAAAAACUUUCGACCAUCUUGACCAUGGCAUAUCUGACAGCACAAAGCCAAUAUCGCCUAUUAUAAAAGAAGGGUCAGAUUGGUCUUCAGAAUCCUCCCAAGACUCACCAAUCACACUUGACUCACUUAUUCAUGAACUCGAUUUGCUACCACACUUAGACGUCCUACCAGAGUUGGAAAGCUUUUUGAUGGAUCCCCAUAUGCCUUUUUCACCUCUUUCUGAACAGUAUGGCGUCUCGUCAGCACAGACGCCAAGUGGCUUCUUGGACACCCAACCAUCGAGAAAUUUCAAAGUCGCGAGUGGCAUUGAGAAGUCAGAUGAUACCGCAAGUCCAAGGCUCAUUGAGUGGAAAAGCAAUGAAGUCGAAUUGGAUCGAGCUAAUCCAGGUAUCGUACCCUGUCUUUUCAGACUUCCGGUAUUCCACUCGGCCUCACUUCAAGCUCGGCAGAAUUUGGACCAAGAUAUAACGAGCUCUCAGAACACAAAACUACCUUAUCAAGAUGCGUUGGCAAGCUCUCCAAGAUCAGGACAGCUUAAGCGCCCAACUCGGACUUAUCAAAUCGAUUCUCAACCUUCCAAGCGAAAAACACUUCAUGCUUCUUCUUCAUUAGAUGAAAAUGAUGAAUCCUUCAGUCAAUCAAAACUGUUUUCAACAUCCGCAGAUAGCCAAAUUCAUCCUACGGACUCAUCCACUCGCCCAAGUUCGCAGCCAUCUUCGCCACAAUCUAAGCCUCAUACUAAUCUUGAAUUUCAAUCUGAGAAGCAUUCUGACUUGGAAGAACCCCGCAAUGAAGAAACUAUACCAGAGAUUUUUGACAAGAUGCGCUCGAAAAUAACGGGUAUCAAAGAAAAUUAUUCGAGCACCUGGGCUGACGUAAGAUUCAACGAGGCUACAUCAGCGUAUUCAGAAAGGGUACAUAAGAUGCACACUUUGCUCCACUUGUCAGACACAUCUCCUCCAGAAGAAGUCGACUUGGACUUCGCCAAACCCAUACCGAUGUCGUCUCGCGCUUUACUUGAGAAACACCAACCGCAACUUCAAGAUUUCACGAACUCAAUAUUGAAACACGAGCCUAACGAGCAUCCAGCGAGACAUGUGAUAGUUAAUCUGCAAACGCUUUGGGAUAAUUUCCUAGAGAUGGUCACCAUCUGUUCUGAAAUACUCUCUUUGAAUCGUGUACAAACCAAUAUGGAACAAGAUGUUCUCGAUGCCCAUGAUUGGAUCUUGGAAAAAUGGAAACGGAUCCCAGAGACUAAAUUCAAUUGGUGGCCUGUUCGUGGAGCAACCUACCCUCCCGGAAAACCACACGAGUCCAAUUCUUUCACUGAAGACUUUGAAAAAUUACCGGUACACGAAAGUACUGUGUUUUGGCUGAACCAUAGAUUGCAUAAUAAAAGGCGUGAAGGCGCCGCCGCCGAUUACGUGUUACGAUUUAUACGUGAAAAGCGAGAAGGUUGGAUCCUUUAUCUAACUCCCAGAACUGUUGAUAAAGUAUUGUCCAGAACUUUGUUAGGCACAAUGAAAAAGGUAAGAUCAUUAAGCUACCCAUCUCCUUCCCGCAACUAUCGAGCGUGGGAUGCGCGUAUAUAUACAAUGGCGAGGGGUUUCAUGACAUCACAGACUAGUUAA